GACGUCGAUUGUUAGGGUCCGCAAUUCGCAAAAAUAGUUUACGAAGCAGAUCAAAUCCUAACCGCUUAAAGUUGCAUCCGCACCGAACCCAAAACCCUUGGCGAUCACCGUAUACUUCCUCCACUUCACCUUCUAGGUUUUUGCUUCUUUCUGUCCUCAAAAGCUUUUCCUUUCUUCUCUUCGUUACUCCACCAAGGUAAAAUAUACGGCUACAGCUCGCGGCGAUACAAAGAAGAAAAAGAACUAGAAAAAUAAAUAAAGGCGGCAGAAAUGGCCGCACCCGAAGCCCCUGUCUGUUAUGUCGGCGUCGCACGUGCAUCCCCUGCUUUCCGCCUCAUGAAACAAAUGGGAUGGGAAGAAGGAGAGGGGCUAGGGAAAGACAAGCAAGGGAUCAAGGGAUAUGUUAGAGUCAAGAACAAACAGGACACUACAGGUGUUGGUGUAGAGAAGCCGAGCAAUUGGGCAUUUGAUACAACUCAAUUUGAUAGCAUACUCAAGAGAUUGAAAGUGCAAGCAGCGCAUACAACUGAUGAAGUUGUUGAAAAGAAGAACAAAGAAGAAACAACAGAGACUGGUGUAUCUACUGGUCUCCAAGAACCAGUUGUUAAGGCUACUCGACCACAGGGAAGGUAUAAGAGAAGAGAGAGAGGAAAGCUUGUCCAGUCAUAUUCUUCGAAGGAUCUUGAAGGGAUUCUAGUUGUUGAGACUGAAGCUUUUUAUCCUGAAGAAUUCAAAGUUGAAGAGGUUUCUCCAGAAUGGUGGGGCUAUAAAUUGGGAUUUGUCCCAGGAGGUUUACUUGGAGCUCAAAAUAAAAAGAAAUCAAGCAAAACUGGAAAUGCUCAAAAGUGUAAUGAGAGAACUGCAUUUCUUGAAGAAGAUCAAGAGAACCUUUACAAACUUGUCCAAGAUAAUGCCACAGCUGGAAAGCAAGGACUGGGCAUUAAAAGUCAACCAAAGAAAAUAGCCGGUGUCCGCUUCCAGGGAAAAAAGACAUCUUUUAGUGACAGUGAUGAUGAGGAUUCUGCUGAUGAUGAUGUGGAUUCUGCUGAUUUUGAUUCCUCAGAAGAAAACCAUAAUGAUGCGCCAGCAGUGGAGAAUGUCGAAGAGAAAGUUGAUAAUGAGAUUUCUGCCAAUUUUGGCUCCUUAGGAAAAAGAAAACGCGACGCUCCAGGAAAAAAUGUUGAUGAACAAAAAGUAAAGUUGAAAAAACUGUGCAAACGAAUUCUACGUCAGGUACCAGGGGAGUCCUUAAAGCUAAAAAAGCUGAAAGUUCUUAUUGAAGAGCAUUCAUCUACUGUUUUUUCCAAUUUCUCUUCAAAAAGAGAUGCUCUUACUCACCUGAAACAAAAGUUGGAAGGCAGUCAGAAGUUCUGUGUAGAUGGAAAGAGAGUGAGUCUCAUGUGCAGAAGAGGCUGAAAAUUUUGGUUAGGAGUUCAGUUGCCUGUACCGGUCUGUAUAUUGCAGCGGCUAAUCAGAUUUACAGUACCAUGCAUUUAUUAAUUCAUAGUGAUAAAUUGGAGGUUUUUUCUGUAAUCAUUCUCUAUUUAUAUCUUUGGUUGUGUAAACGCAAUAAUUAUCAUUAACAAUUUUGUUUGGGUAAUGCGCGAAUGACAAUGAAUAUCAUUCAAAUUGUUCUGAAGUCAUUACCCUGUUCUCGAAUUGAAUCUUUCUAGUGUUCUUAUUUUCUCUCAA